AUGGAUCACCGCGGAAAUUGGCGAUCUCAGGGCAAUACGAGCAACCGAGGAGGAUCCAACAGCUUCAGAAAGCGCAAUCAGCCGGAAACACGCUGUAUGCAUUUCCAGCGUGGCAGAUGCCACUACGUCAAAUCCAGCCCUGCCCUAUACCAUCCCACAGCCGAUGAUCUGGACGUUCGGAAUCAAUACUUCGACUGGAAGAGGCUUCUUAGAAAUGGGAUCUUGGGGUCUGGAUAUUCGCGAAGGGAACAUGAGGAGAUCGUUCAAUUCUGGAACGGGGCUCUCGAAAUUCUUGAAAGCGACAGCAGAGAGAAUCACCAAUUUCUCGCCAAAGAUCUUGUGGAUGACAAUCUUCAUGGAUAUGCAUUUAUCCUGGCAACUGCGGAUGCAGACCACCCAGAGGGAAUGAGACCUAUUCCAGCUUACGACGAGCCAUUUCUCAAAGUCAUUACCCAUACUUCUCUCUUGAACUGUCUUUCUGUCGAUUCAUUUGUUAGCACUCUGUACACAUCCUUCAGUGGCACGAAUGGAGAUCGAGCAAUCAGAUAUCUGAAAAGUAUAUGCGCGAACCUGAUGGGUAAAGGUAAAGACACCAACGAAAAUGCACCGGUCAUCUCUUUGGAUAUGGUGAAGUUGCUGUUGAAUACCCUUUACCAGCUUUUAUCAAGGGUCCGACGCGCUCGACUUCACGAUGAACUUCCCGCACUGCUCGACCUAAUCCGCGAACUGGGCUCCAAGAUGACUGAAACAUGCUCGCAAGCCGACCUUGACGGACUUGAAACCAGAAUAGAAGUCAUGCAGAGCCUAAUCACUAGCGCAAAUCGCAAUCUUGUUACACCCAAAGCGCAUCAGGAAAAUCCCCAGAAGACUGGGUUAGUCCUGUCGUCCUUUCCAAUGGAUAUGCAAAUACCCGGAGGAAGACACGACAACGACCUUGCAGAAAUCUCUCAAGUUCAGAUUCUUCCUACCCAUGGAGAGAUUGUCAGCGGCAAUUCAGAAUAUCUACCAUCUACCAACUUCCUUCAGCCGCACUUUCUCGCCGACCCUUUGCAAAGAUACAUUGACUCAACAUUCCGGCUCCUGCGCCAUGAUAUCUUCGGCUCAGCCAAAGAUGUUCUUCGAGAUUUGCUGCAGCAGAAGGAUUUGACACGAGUUCCUUAUCUCUCAGGCAAGGAUAGCGGGGCACAUCUCUAUCUGGGAGCACAGGUCCAGCAAAUGUUUAUCAAUGAGCGAAAAGAGCUCCAAGCGACCGUAUCGUUUUCUACUCCACCACCACUCCGCAAAAAGACCUCCAAUGAGCAAUGCAGGUGGUGGCAAGCCUCCAGUCGACUAGAGGAAGGAAGCCUAGUGUGCUUCUUGACGUCUCAAGGAACUCUCAGAAGGCUUAUUUUCCUCGAGGUCACUGUGAAGAAUGCUUCCAAGGACCGAGCGCACCAGAACAAGAGUAGUCUUGCUUCUGAUAGGUUUCCACCUAGUAUUACGGUCAAGCUUGCGGCAUGCCUACAACAAGAACUGAUUUUCCUGGGCCAGCUUUACAGCGAGAAGCUCACCGGUAUUCUGGUCGACUUCCACGGUUUGAUCCCUGCCACGUUCGUCCCUAUCCUGAAAAACCUUCAGCGAAUCCAACGCGAAGGGGAGUUGGCAUUUCAAAAAUGGGUCUUGCCAGGCCGUAAGGAUGAUGAAGACGGUCACAGCAUACCCCCACCGACAUACGCACGCAAACCAGGAUUUAUCUUUCCCCUGACUUCGAUCACAAACGUCGGAGCUGCUAAUGUUGCAUUGGACCUGAGUACCCCUGAGUCUAUUGACAUCUUGAAGCUGCAAAGUCGAACUGGUCUCGACCACGGCCAGUGUCACGGACUUAUCGCUGCUCUCGCUCGAGAAUAUGCCCUCAUCCAAGGCCCGCCGGGCACCGAAAAGUCCUAUUUGGGUGUUAAGCUUGUUCAAGCUCUCCUUGAAAUCAAGGAAAAGGCAAAGCUAGGCCCGAUUAUUGUGAUUUGCUAUACCAACCAUGCCUUGGACCAAUUCUUAAAGCAUCUUCUUAAUGUUGGUAUCCAGAAAAUCAUACGCAUUGGCGGCCGCAGUCAGGCCACUGAGCUUGAAGGCAAGAACCUUCGCGUUGUCAGCAAAGACAUUGGGAAGAUGAGAGUAGAGUCGCAAACCCUCGGCAUGUCCUACGGGGGACUUGAGGAUUACCUGGACGGAUUCACCACUGUCACUGAUGACAAAUUACUCAAUUGGAUUGGAGUCAAAUCGAUGAUAACCCAGAAAGACCAGAACGAGGGUGAAGUUGACGAUGUCCGCUUGGAAGGACUCACACGCGCGGCCAAGGAAAAUAUCCACAGUCUCUCGAUGCCGGAACGCCGGAUCCUUGCAAUGAGCUGGUUUAAACAGUGGCAGGAAAUCGAAACAGCCUCCCUUUUCGAGGCUCUUGAUCGCGCUGAAAAUCUUCGCGAGGAAAUUAAUGCAGUCCAUGAAGAGGUCAACCGCCGAGCCCUGAUUCAAGCAGAUGUGGUAGGAAUCACGACAACAGCCCUUGCACGCCAUAUCGAGACACUGCGCCGCAUAGGAGCAAAGGUCAUUAUAUGCGAGGAAGCAGCUGAGGUGAUGGAAGCCCACGUCAUGUCAGCCCUCAUGCCAGGUGUUGAGCACUUCAUUCAGAUUGGGGAUCACCGACAGCUGCGGCCACAGAUUCAAAAUCAUUCUCUCAGUCUUGAAACAUCCACAGGGACAUCAUGGCAGCUAGACAGAAGCCAGUUUGAGAGAUGCGCUGUCGGUGAGCCAGGUCUUAAGCCUGCCCCUGUCGCACAGCUCAAUAGUGUCUAUCCAAAACUCGAGGAUCAUGAAAGCGUGACGACUCUACCCAAUGUUGCUGGAAUGCGGAACAACCUAUUUUGGCUGGACCAUAAAUGCGAUGAAAACUCGGAAGAUGACGGCAGCCGUGUAAAGUCUCAUAGCAACCAGUGGGAGGUCGAUAUGGCUACUGCACUUGUUCGGCAUCUUGUUCGGCAGGGAGAGUACAAGAGCGCGGAUAUUGCCCUCUUGACCCCCUAUACCGGGCAGCUGCGGAAGCUCAGGACAUCGCUCAGCAAUGAGUUCGAGAUUUGUCUCAGUGAGCGAGACUUGGAAACAUUGGCCGCAGAUGGGUUCGAGAAGGUUGAAGAUGAAAAUCCCGAGUCAAAUGGUGACAAGGCAAUCGAGAAGAAAACGUUGCUCCAGACGCUCCGCCUCGCUACUGUCGAUAACUUCCAAGGCGAGGAGGCAAAGGUGAUCAUUGUCUCCCUAGUUCGCAGCAACUCAAAGCGCAAGGUUGGCUUCCUACGCACCGAAAACCGCAUCAACGUGCUCCUCAGUCGAGCUCAGCACGGCAUGUAUCUCAUUGGAAAUGCCGAAACAUACCUCAAUGUCCCAAUGUGGGCCGAUGUCCACUCUCAGCUCUCCCGUGCGAAUGCAGUCGGCACGGAGUUGGCUCUCUGUUGUCCUCGCCACUCAGACACGUCUAUUCUCUGUUCCGAACCUCACGACUUUGAUAGGAAGAGUCCUGAAGGUGGGUGCAGUCUCCUGUGUAGCCGUCGACUCGAGCCAUGUGGCCAUCAAUGCCAGGCCAAGUGCCAUUCGGCGGUCAUGCACGACGGCUUUGCAUGUGGAAAACCUUGCCCACGUAUCCGAUCAACCUGUGAGCACGAAUGUCCCAAGCUUUGUGGUGAAGAUUGUGGCCAUUGCAUAAAGAAAAUUCAAGACGUGGAGCUUCCUUAUGGUCAUAUCAAGAAGACAAUAUUUUGCCACCAGAUACUUAACUUGAAAGUUCUUAAGUGCGACGUCGAGGUUGAAAAGACUGUUCCUAAGUGUGGUCAUACGAUCCGGGUUGGCUGUUUCAAGGAUGUCACGUCCCCAAUCUUCAAUUGCCCUGAGCCAUGCACAGACAUUCUCAGCUGUGGACACAAUUGUAGUGAUUGCUGCGGAAACUGUCUCGAGGAAGUCCAUGACGGAAGAAGAAUAUUGAAGCACUCGAAGUGCACGAAAAAGUGCGACCGUCCACACGGUGCUUGCAACCAUCGGUGUCCCAGGACAUGUCAUAAUGGGGAGAGCUGCGGUUACUGCGAGGCAAAUUGCGAGGUUCGAUGCUCACACUCAGCAUGCGACUUAACCUGUGGAAAGGCAUGUGCACCAUGCAUCGAGAGAUGCACCUGGUCCUGCACUCACCAAGGCUCCUGCUCAAUGCCUUGCGCGGCACCAUGCAAUCGACUUCCUUGCGAUGAGCGAUGCACCAAGGUUCUCAAAUGUGGUCAUCAGUGCCCGAGCCUCUGCGGGGAAGAUUGUCCAAACAAUCUGUGUCAAGAGUGCGGCGACAAGGAAGAUUCCCGUGUUGACUUCCUCGAAUGGAAAACCUAUUCCCAAAUCAAUCUCGAUGAAACUCCAAUAAUCGUGCUUGGAUGCGGCCAUUCCUUUACGAGUGAAUCGGUUGAUGGAUUGGUUGGCUUAAAUGAAGUAUACACGAGAGAUAAAGAUGGAAAAUUCGACGGCCUCCAAGAUGUCUCUUCUCUUGCCAGUGCCAUACCCUCGUGCCCGGACUUUAAGCAGCCCAUUCGCCAGUUUGUGACGAAACGUUACAAUCGCGCUAUCAACCGUGCUGUUAUGGAUGAGACUUGUAAGCGGUUCCUUACCAAGGGCCGCACCGACCUUGAAGGCCUUGAAUCCCGUCUGAAUGACAUUGAAGACAAGCUCAACUCUGAAAAAGCGUUAUUGUUCGCAGGGAACGCUAAAUUACAGCUCAAAGCACGAUAUGCGGCCUGUGCGCGCCUUGGGACGGAGGCUUCGACUCUCAGCAAAACCAUGGAGGCCGAGAAUCAGCCGAUGGAACGGCUCAUGGAUGCAAUUGCCAUCUACCAGAAGUUAUCAAGGAACGAAAUAGCCUCCCUCUCAUUCCGAAUGGAGGCGAUGAAUAUAGCAACACGAGAGCCCGACAAUCAAAUCACCCUGGGCGCACGGUUAAUAUACAUCAGGGCCCGGGCAGUCGUGUUUAGCAAUAUCUUUAGAGUGAUAGAUUCAAGCGGAAAAUCUGCAACACCACCAGGGCUAAGAUUCACCAAGCCAUCAUCAACCUUGACUCAAGUGUUAAAAGAUUGUCGAGACUUGAUAACUAAAGCCAAUGAAAGAAAUCUCUCCCGCAUCGCCAUCACGGCAACCAUCUCAUUCGCCAAGAUCGCCCAGCUGGACGCGUGGUAUCACCGCACUCAUCCAGGAGAAACAACAAUUGAUUUUCUUCUCAAAGAAAAAUACACGGGUCUAGAGAAGCUCGAAGAUCGCACAAAAAUUACCCGCGAUAUCCUUGCCGUUGCUUUGAAACUAUGCGACGAACUAGGAAACUGCCCCGAACUUGAAGAAAAGGUCCAGGAGAUGAUCCACCUCUACGAGGGGAAACGGUACGAGACAGUAACUUUAGAAGAACUUGAAUCAAUCAAGACGGCCAUGGUCAGCGGGCGAGGAGGAAUCGCGACUCACUCUGGGCACUGGUACAAUUGCGUCAAUGGACACCCGUUUGCUAUUGGAGAGUGCGGUAUGCCGAUGGAGCAAGCUAGAUGUCCUGAAUGCGGAGCACCUAUUGGAGGUCAAAAUCACACAGCUGUUGAGGGCGUAUCUCGAGCGCGGGAGAUGGAGUAG